AGGUAUUUUAAAAACGAACAGCGGCCAUUUUCAAAACAAACCACGGUUCAUACAAACAGACGUGUUUGAGCUCUUCAGAAACAAUGGCUGGCAUCUACGUUCACCAGGAAAAUGCUCGUCUGCGUGUGCCUUCUCUCAAGAUGCGUCGUCUACAGUCGGCUUCAGACAUGCCCACCAAAUCACCCCAUCCAUCUGGGCGUAAAGCUCUGCAAGUGAUGAGCAACAAUGCCUCAACUCCUGCUGUCCAUUUGCAAGGGAAGAAGCUGAUCAAGCCACAACAGGAAACAAAGGUCAAAACAACUCCCCAGAUCCCAAAGGAUGAAUAUCCGGAAAUUGAAGGAUUCCAUCCUUACGAUCCAAGUGAAUACCUGAAGCAGUGUGUCCCUGAAGACGUGAUGUUCAUUGGCGAUCCACAUCUGACUUUCGAACCGUCACUCGAUGUUUUGGACGACAAGCUAGACCUGAUAAUCCCUGAGCUGUCUCCCCUUCCUUCUCCAGAUUUGAAACCUGAGCUUGACGCCUUCCUCCUCACCCUCGAUGAGCUGACCAUUGACCUCCCUCCAGAGCCUGUUGCUGACUAACUAACCCUGAGCUCUCUUUUCUUUUAACUGUUACAUUUUAAUAAAGACGUUUUGAACCAUU